AUGGUUAGUGCUGCUCAACAAGUCAUUGAAACAUUAGGGCUUUCCAAAGACGUCCUUAUCCGUCAUAAUGCUUCUAUUCCUGUCUUAUAUGAAGAUGGUUUGCAAGAAAAGGGAACUUUAAUCUCAUCCACUGGUGCCAUGAUGGCCUUUUCUGGUGCUAAAACUGGUAGAUCCCCAAAGGAUAAGAGAAUGGUGGAUGAAGAAACUUCAACUAACAAUAUUUGGUGGGGACCAGUUAAUAAAAAGAUCUCUGAAAGAACUUGGGAGAUUUCAAAAUCAAGAGCCUUUGAUUAUUUAAGAACAAAAGAAAAAUUAUUUGUUAUUGAUGCAUUUGCAGGUUGGGAUCCUCAAUAUAGAUUGAAAGUUCGUAUUAUUUGUGCAAGAGCUUAUCAUGCAUUAUUUAUGAGAAAUAUGUUAAUCAGACCAUCCGAAGAAGAACUAAAAGACUUCAAACCUGAUUUUGUCAUUUAUAAUGCAGGUCAAUUCCCAGCCAAUUCUCAUACUGAUGGCAUGAGCUCUUCAACAUCUGUUGAACUUAAUUUUAAAGAAAUGGAAAUGGUUAUUCUAGGUACUGAAUAUGCUGGUGAAAUGAAAAAGGGUAUCUUGACUGUCAUGUUUUAUUUGAUGCCAGUGAAAUAUGAUAUCUUGACAUUGCAUUCCUCAGCAAAUCAAGGUAUUAAAAACAAAGAUGUUACAGUGUUCUUUGGAUUAUCGGGUACUGGUAAAACCACAUUAUCUGCUGAUCCACACAGAUUAUUAAUUGGUGAUGAUGAACAUUGUUGGUCAGAUAAUGGUAUCUUUAACGUUGAAGGUGGAUGUUAUGCCAAAUGUAUAAACUUGAGUGCAGAAAAGGAACCAGAGAUUUUCAAUGCAAUUAAGUUUGGAUCAAUUUUAGAAAAUGUUAUUUAUGACCCAGAUACCAGAGUGGUUGAUUAUGACAACGAUUCUAUCACCCAAAAUACUAGAUGUUCAUAUCCAAUUGAAUAUAUUCCAACAGCAAAGAUUCCAUGUUUGACCAGUGAGCAUCCCACCAACAUUGUCCUAUUGACUUGUGAUGCAGCAGGAUGUUUACCACCAAUUUCCAGAUUAACCCCAGAUCAAGUUAUGUAUCACUUUAUUAGUGGAUAUACAUCAAAAGUCGCUGGAACUGAAGAGGGAGUUACAGAACCAACACCAGCCUUUUCAGCAUGUUUUGGACAGCCAUUUUUAGCAUUACAUCCGAUGAAAUAUGCAGAAAUGUUAUCUAGGAAGAUGCAAGAACACAAUGCAGAUGCAUGGUUGUUAAAUACUGGAUGGGUUGGAGAAUCAGUAGCCAAGGGAGGUAAAAGAUGUUCCUUGAAAUAUACCAGAGCAAUUUUGGAUGCAAUCCACGAUGGAUCAUUAACAAAAGAAGAGUUUGAGGAUUAUCCAGUGUUUGGAUUAAAAGUUCCUAAGAAAUGUGGAUCAGUUCCAGCUGAAUUAUUGAACCCAUCUAAAUUGAAAACCGCAGAAUAUAACAAAGAAUUGGUUAAUUUAGCUAAGAAGUUUGAAGAAAAUUUCAAGAAUUAUAUCGAUGGAUGUACUCAAAGUGUUAUUGAUGCAGCACCACAAUUUUAA